UGUCUUUUCAACUAAACAGAUUGCUAUCAGCCUUACAGAGCCGACUCAUAUUCCUUUUUGCCUGGUAUUUCCUUUACUGAGUGUCCGUAAGAACCACCCACUUGGGUGUUUCUCAGGAUUACAGGUUUUUAGGUCAAACGGAAACCCGGGGGAGUGCCUGGACAAGCCCAAAACACAGUUACAUUAUGCAUGAGCUGGAUGACAUUGACCCCAAUGCUGUUGUGCCCCAGUUUGUGUGGAUGGUCUGGCUGUGCGGCCACCGGCAACCAGGAGCCCAGGUUAGGAGCUUUGUUCUGAAUUGGCUGCAGGUUUCCUGGGGGGCUGAAGGCUCCGCUGGAGAACUGCCCGCUUCUUCCUUCACUGCAGAAGCUUGACGGGUGGGCCCUCCACACCUGCUUCCUUUGUCCUCCCUGGGGCAGUCUGGAAUGGACGGAACACCGGAGCCUCUGGCCAUGACCGUCCACCUCCUCGCUGACUCUGGACAUGGCUCGCUUCUGCAGCAAACUCUGGAUCAGCUCCUGGACUGCGUUUGCCCGGACGUGCGUCCCUUUCUGGUGUCCGAGAGGGUCAGUCCAGUAAAAUACUACGACAAGUGCCACUCCAAGCGCUCACGGUUCCCGGGGAUGUCUGUGUUGCUCUUCCUGCCUGAGAGCGUGGGAGAGGAGCGGCUCUUCCGGGUUCUUGACUCCCUCCAACACUGGCCGUGGCGGUGCUACUCUGCCCCGAAUGCUCAGGGGAGGCCGUGUCCCUACCCUCUUUCCAACCAGGAGUUCUACAGUCUGGACAGCCAGAUGCCGGUCUGGGGUGUGAGGCAGGUGCACUGCGGCGCCAAGAUCCUGAGGGUGACACUCUACUGCAGUUCUGAUAACUACGACGAUGCCAUCAGGCUAUAUGAGCUGAUUCUGCAGAAGGAAGCCACCGUGCAGAAGAGCGACUCCUGCGUCUUUGUGCUCUAUGCCACCGAGAGCUUUGCUCUGCAGCUCUCCCUGACACAGCUGCCCCUUGGAAUGUCAGUGGACCCCAGAGAGUCCUCAGUGCUGCAGUUCAAGGUUCAAGAGAUCGGCCAGUUAGUGCCUCUUCUCCCCCAUCCGUGCGUCCCCAUCAGCCACACCAGGUGGCAGACACAGGACUAUGACGGCAACAAGAUCCUGCUUCAGGUCCAGUUGAAUCCCGGACUUGCUGUGAGGAAUAGCGAACUUUCCUUUCUCAAUGGCACCUUGGGAGCUGACACACUUCUCCAGGGCUCCCGGCUGAUCCCUGUCUCCACAAGGAGGACCCUGGAGCCAAGAUGCCGAAGGAGCCGGGCCAGGAGGCUCAAGGUGGGUUCCCCGGAGUGCCCAGAGUCUGCUGAGAGCCCUGUGUCAGACAGCGUUAGUGGCACCUUGUGGAAAAGCCCUGGCUGCUCGUCCCAGGACAGGAGCUCCUCCUUGGGCGCCCAGAUGCAUCUGCCUUCUCCCCACCUCCAGCCUGGGGCCAGAGAAAAAGUCCUCAACCUACAAAACAGCUUUGGGAAGCUGGAGGCAGAAACAAAUGUUGACACGGGUUGCACCGUGGUCAAUUCUGAUCCCCGACAGUCUUUUUGGAGUGGAUUUUCAAGGGAUCUGCAGACCAGCCAGGCACCAUCAUGCUUGCCAGACUCCUCCUUAGGGGUGACUGCCUCCAAGAACAAUAGAAUCUUUAAGGCAAGCACUCAUUCUUUGUCACUUGCUGGCCAAAGGGAUCUUGGUGCAAGGAAGAUAAUCUCAAAAUGUCCCCUUCACUUGCCAGUCCAGGGUGAAGAAAAAGAAGAAGAAUUCUUUAUAUAGCCUAAAACAAAUAUGGUUUCCUAAAACACAAGAUCAGAUACAGUGUUCUAGAAAUGGAGCACUGACCUAGAAUCAAACAGUUUCUUGGUCACGUGAGGGGGCCUGAGUGCUAGCCACGCACAGAUCUAUAUUGCUUUUAUUUCAAACGUGCAUAGUCUAAUGGUGCUGUGAAGCAUUGUUUAUUUGCCUUCAUGGUUAUGAAGGAACACAGCCAACACAUAGGGAGGAAACCAAAGCCCUUGUCCCCGGAGACACACUAACCCAGCUGGCUGUGUUGAGUGCAUCACCUACCAGGAAUAAUUGCAUCAUAUGCAAAUGAGUCGGGCGUGUUAUGUAAUGCUGAUGAGUGGAUGUAAUUUGGUUUUAAUUUUUACUUGGGUUGCAUAGCUCAUCCCCUUGGACAACAUGGACUACUUAUUCUUUAGUGUUUUUUAAUUUUUAUGUGACCUCCUUUGUAAACAAGGCCCUGCACACCACAUAGCCUCUGGUGAUUGUGCCUUCCAAGUUGUUUGCAUCUAGAAUGAGUUCACAUGCAAGUGUUUUGAAAAUUACAAACAAUUAAUUUUUUUUCCUGUUUAAUGAGCAGAAACACUAGAAGUCAAAAGAUCAGGUAAAAAAUGAAAAGGAGACUCUAGGAUUUCCCUGCUCCUCCAUUUCUCAUUUGUUUCUGCACUACUUCAAAGGGCCAGUCGUUCCUGUUUCUAGCCAGAGAGGAACAUGGCUUGAUUGGGUGACUCCAGAUCUCUACUCGACUUGACAGGAAGAUUGGAUUGGAUGGCUUGUUGGAGCAGGACUUGUGUUCUUCUGGCCAUGUUCAAAUUCCUAAAUGUCUUUGCAACAUGCAUUCAUCCAUUUACACGUUCAUUCAUUCAGCAAAUACUUAUUGAGCAUCUACCUUUGAAUUAAGACAUUGCUGUAUGGUCCACAUACCAUCUGUGGCCAUCAAACCCAAAAGGUACUUAUGGUCUUAUCAGCAAUUCCAUUCUUUCAACACUUGAGACUAUGUUGAAGUCUUACCUUGAUUCCUCUGGGACCGUUUUCCACAAGUGAUCUUCACACUUGCUGCUCAAGGCUAUAGUAAGCAGGUAGAGACUGGGCAUAUUAUGAAUUGUAAUUAUAACUAUGAUGGACAAGUUCUCAUUGCUCAUGUGCUGUAUUUUUCUUUUGGGUCUAUACAUACAUUUAAAAAAUAUCUGAGGUCUCUGGGUUGUGGUUAAUUUAUAAGGCCAUUUGACCCCAUGAACUUUAUUCUCCAGGACAGAUGUUACAUAAGAUUAUAAAUGCUGAUUUAGCUGGAUCUCCUGGUGACCCUGAUACAUAGUAUACCCACUUGGGGAGAAAGAGGAGUUCAGGUUCAAGGGUGAGUCUUAGGUCAGGGACACCUGCCGAGUUUGAGUGCCCUGCUGAACUUAAAGAACUGAAAAGAAGGAGACUUGCAAAUUGACAAGGAUGAGACUUCUACAUUGAUUUUAUUUUUCUGGGGUCACGACAUCAGUAUAUUCCCAUUCUCAUUUUCUUUCUCCCUGCCCCCCAGACAAGAGUUAGAUUUUAGGAGGUUGAAUGAAGUCCUUAAUUUUGGUCUGAUUUUCUAGAAUAAGAGUUAAAAAAAUUGGAAGUCUUAUUUAAAUGGUACUAUUGAGCUGCCUUGAAAAGCACAGCAGGGGGCAGUUCUGAAAUUUCUUUACCACUCUUUUUGAGGUAACCUGAAUUCUUUAACAUAAUACAUGGGUGAGACUAUAAGUACAUGGAAAUUAUGAAGGAUGCUGGGAAAUGUGAAGGAGUGCCUUACAAAAUUGACUUGUAAAAUAAUACACUCUUAAAAUGGCACCAACUCUACUCAACACAGGAAUCCAAUUUACAACAUGGUGGGAUGGACAUUCUAGUGUGUCAGGGUGCCAAAGGCCCCGCUUUGGGCCUCAGCUUUUAAAUUUGCUACUUAUGGGAUCGUGAGCUGUCAAUGUCUUUGAUUCUCUGUUGCUUCUCCUGUUAACAAAAGGUUGUUAAGAGAAUCAAGAUGGCGCCCAUGAAAGCAUUUGGAUAUUGUUAAGCCCUAUAAAUAGGUAAGAUAGUAUUAUUAUUAAAAAUAGUCCUUCAGGCCAACAGGAGGUUUGUUUGUUUGUUUAUUUUUUGGAAACAACUUUUAGUAAAAUCAAUGAUUCAAUUAAAAA